AUGCCGCAGGAGAAGCCCGGUUUCUGCCCUGCGCCCACCAUUACCCUGGUCCUGCUUUUCCGCCAGGACGAGAGUUGGGCGUGGGGCUGCCAAGAGGAGGCUUGCUUGCAGCGGCGGUCGCUGCUCCAUCAACGUGGCACCGGGAUCACAGCAGCUGCAUCGCAGUGUCGCAGCAUCUAA